AUGCUGCUCCAGGCAAGGUGCCAAGGCAUUCGUGAGGCUCAGCCUCACUGUCAAUCCCGACUGGGUGGUUCUUCGGACUCCUCAUACCACAACUACAGCAACCCCUGGGCAUCUUGCUUUUCAGUGUCUGGAAGCCAAGGCCAUCAACUUUGA